AUGGCUAGGGCUUUUGAGUUUAUCAAAGACAUCACUGACCGUAAGGAUCUAUGGAAAGUAGCUGUCAAAGUGAAAGACAAAUGGAGUGCUACCAAAGAUGGAAAGGAGUACUUUGAAAUGGUUGUGGUAGAUGCAAAGGGAGAUGAUAUCUUUGUCUUAGUUCCAAACGAGUUGAAACAGAAAUUUGAAAAUGAGAUUCCUAUCAUUGUCAAAAACACUUACACUAUGCAGAACUUUCAAGUAUCAAAGAAUGAUGACCAAUUCAAGCCAUCACAUCAUGAAUUCAAGUUGAGGUUCAAUGGUGGUACAUUAGUUAAUGAUGUCAAUGUUCAUGAAAUUGCUGACCCUGUUACAAAGUUCAAAUCUUUUGUGGAUAUUAUUAAUGGGAAUUUUCGUGAAGAUUACUUAUAUGAUAUCAUUGGAAUGGUAGAUGAACUAGGUUUUCAACAACCUAUUCAUGGAAACAGGAAACAACAAUCUGAUUAA